GCCACUCGGUCUCUCUCUCUCUCAAUUAUCGCUCGAAGCCUCUCUCUCGGUCUGACGGGUUGUGGCCUCACCUUUGUUGGUCUGCCAUCGAUCAGCUCGCUCUUAGGGUUCAGUCGCACGUGCCGCCCUCGGCUGAGGACGCGGAUCGCGAGGACCACCACGCUCCUGGAGAGUUCCUUGGAAGCGUCCUCCUCCGAUUGGAUCCCUUGCCGUCGCCGGGUUCGGAUCCUCGACGUGGGUCAAGUGCUCAGGAAUUAGGGUGGGGUGAGGCUUCGAUGAGGGACCAUAAGCGGAAAGAAAGAGAGUGGAAGUCGCUACUCCAAGCACCACCUUAAAAAAGAAGUAGCAUCGAUAUGUGUCGCUCCAUGGCGAGAGAGGAGGCUAACUCAGAAACCGCAACAGGUGGUGACUACGAUGUGUUCUUGAGCUUUCGAGGACCUGACACUCGCAACACAUUCACAGAUUGCCUCUAUGUGUUCAUGAGAAAGGCAGGAAUCCGCAUUUUUAGGGACGACGAAGAGUUACGACCAGGCGAAAAGAUCUCAGAGAUCUUGCGAGCAGUAGAAAACUCCCACAUAUACAUUCCUAUUUUCUCCAGAAAUUACGCUUCGAGUAAAUGGUGCCUCCGAGAACUAACACGCAUGGUGGAGAGCUAUGGCCAAUCCCCAGAUAAACAGAUCCUGCCCAUCUUUUAUGAUGUGGACCCCUGGGAUGUUAAGCUUGAAACGGAGCUGUACAGAAGCGCCCUAACGAAGCAUGAGGAGGACCUUGGCUGCAUUGAAGUGGAGCCUUGGAAGGAGGCUUUGACCACGGUGGCUAGAAUCAAAGGGUGGCAUAUGAAAGAUCAAAGGCAAGGCGAGGUUAUUGACGAUGUCAUUAAAAAGGUAUCACAGAUGAUCAUAAUAAGAAAAAGAGAUUUGCCCACCUAUCUAGUUGGAAUUGAUGAUCGUAUUGAAGAUAUAGAGAAACUGUUGAAUUAUGGUGAUAUUGGUGAUGUACGAUUUGUCAUAAUCCAUGGGAUGGGUGGCAUUGGAAAGACAACUCUUGCCAAAGCAAUCUUCAAUGAACUAUUUUCUGGAUUUGAAGGUCACUCAUUCCUUUCAAACAUCCCGGAGUCAUCUCCAUGCCAUGGCAUUGUAAAAAUGCAAAGGAAAUUGGUAGCGGAUCUUUUCAAUUUCUCGCUUCCUGAAACUUUUGAUUUUGAGGAUGUGAACAAUAUGAUCAGAAAUAGAUUACCUAACAAACAAGUCUUACUUGUUUUUGAUGGAAUGGAUGAAAAUGACCAAUUUAUGCAACUAGCGAAGCAUUGUACUUCGUGUGGUCGAGGGAGUAGGAUCAUCAUUACAACUAGAGAUAAAUGUGUUUUUCCUAAGAUCAAGGCAGAAGGAUUGGAGGAAAAUAUCUUAACCGGGUACAGAAAAAUUUUUCUGUAUGAAAUGAAGGAAAUGCAUUUUGAUCAUGCUCUUCAACUUUUCAAGAAGCUUGCUAUCAACACAGAUUCGGCUCUGUUUGAUCUUUAUGAUCUUUCAAGAGAAGCUGUUGCCCUCACUGGAAGACUUCCAUUGGCUAUUGAGGUGAUAGGUUCACAUCUUCGUACCAUAAGUAAAGCAAAGUGGAAAAGCACACUGAAGAAGUUGAAGGAAAUACCUCAUGAAGAAGUCCAACAGAAGUUAAAGAUAAGUUAUGAUGCACUUGGAUAUGAGACAAAACAAAUUUUUUUGGACAUUGCAUGUUUCUUUGUUAACAAGAAAAUAACCGAUGCAAUGUAUAUGUGGGAAGCCUGUGACUUAUUCCCGGAAAUCGAAAUUGACGUCCUUAUUAAUAAGUCGUUGAUCAAGAUUGUUGAUCGUGAUAGAAUAUGGAUUCAUGAUCAGUUGAGAGAUCUUGGAAGGGAAAUUGUUCGUCAAGAAAGCAUCGGCAAACCUGGAGAUCGAAGUAGAUUGUGGUUUCUCAAGAUGGCCCUGAACAUAGUACAAGCUAAAAAGGGAACAGAAAACGUGGUAGCACUCACACUAUGGAGAUCGAGCCACAAUUUUACACGGGAAGAUUUUGCAAAUCUCAUAAACACGAGAUUUCUUGAAUUGGAUGGAGGAAACUUCACUGGUAACUUUGAAGAUAUUUUGCCAGAGCUAAGAUGGCUUUGUUGGCAAAAUUGUCCUCCAAAACUUCAAGCAAACAAUUUUGUGCUAAAUCACUUAGUUGUUCUCAAGCUUUCAGGGAAUAUCAUCAUAGAAGAAUGGAGUGGAUGGGUCGAAAUGAUGGUGCCAAGUAAACUGAAAGUUUUGCAUCUCGUGGGAUCUAAAUCCUUAAUCAAAACACCUCCCUUCUAUGAAUUAAUUAGCUUGGAGAGAUUGAUUCUGAAAGAUUUCCCAAAGUUGGCUGAAAUUGAUCCCUCGGUUGGCAAAUUAGAGCGGUUGAUUUACUUGAAAAUCAAAUGGUGUCCGCAUCUUAGAGGGUUGCCCAAGGAAAUUGGUUGUCUAACUACACUGAGAGAGCUAAUCUUGGUCCACUGUUUUAGUGUUCGUGAUUUGCCAGAAUCGACCUGUUAUCUAAAACAUUUGUCAAGGCUAGUAAUGGAAAAUACAAGAUUAGUUAAACUUCCACUCGCAAUCGAAAAGCUAGUGGCCCUUGAGUACAUGUCUUUGGUAAAUUGUACGAGUCUAAAUGGGUUGCCAGAUGCUGUUGGGAAGUUAGGAUGUUUGACUGAGUUGGAUCUAUCUGGGACUACUAUCAAGGGAUUACCUUAUUCAAUUUGGGACCGUGAAGAUUUGACAGUACAGACGAACAGUUGUAACAUAAGAACACCACGAAGACUUGAAGAUGAAGAGGUGUGCAUCCCACGGCGGAUAAUGUUAAGAUAUGAUGCACUUAAAUAUGAGGCAGGACAAAUUUUUCUGGACAUUAUAUGUUUCUUUGUUGACAAGAAAAUAACUAAUGCAAUGUAUAUGUGGAAAGCUUGUGAAUUUUUUCCGGAAAUCCAAAUUGACGUCCUUAUCAAUAAAUCCUUGAUCACUAAGGUGGAUCGUGAUAGAAUUUGGAUAAAUGAUGAGUGGAGAGAUGUUAGAAGGGAAAUUUUUUGUCAAGAGAGUAUUUGCAAAUCAGGAGAUCGAAGCAAAUUGUGCUUUUUUGAGAUGGCCCGGGACAUAGUAGAAGCUAAAAAGGGAACAGAAAAUGUGGUUGCACUCACAAUGUGCACAUCAAGACGCAAUUUUACACGUGAAGAUUUUGCGAAUCUCAAGAAUGUGAGGUUUCUUGAAUCGGAUGGAGGAAACUUUGUUGGCAAUUUUGAGAAUAUUUUGCCGCAGCUAAAAUGGCUUUGUUGGCGAAAUUGUCCACCGAAACUUCAAGCAAACAAUUUUGUGCUGAAUCACGUUGUUGUUCUCAAGCUUUCAGGCCACAUCACUACGGAAGGAUGGAGCGGAUGGGUCAAGAUCAUGGUAGUAAGUAAACUGAAAGUUUUGAAUCUUGCGCGAUCCAAAUCCUUAAUCAAAACACCUUGCUUCUCUGAGUUCAUGAGUUUGGAGAGAUUGAUUCUGAAAGAUUUCCAAAGCUUGGCUAAAAUUGAUCGCUCAAUUGGUAAACUAGAGCGGUUGAUUUACUUGAAAAUCAAAUGGUGUCCGUGUCUUAGGGAGUUGCCUGAGGAAAUUGGUUGUCUAAUUGCCUUGAGAGAGCUCAUCUUGAUCUAGAGUUCUAGCAUUUUUUAUUUGCUAGACUCGAUUGGUAAUCUAAGACGUUUGUCAAGGCUAAUUGUGGAGGAUACAGGAUUAGUCAAACGUCCGGACACAAUCAAAGGGCUAGUGGAUCUUGAGCACUUGUGUUUGGCCUUUUGUAGAAAUCUAAAUUCGCUGUCGGAUGCUGUUGGAGAAUUAAAGUCUUUGACUCACUUAGAUCUCUCUAGGACAACUAUCGAGGAAUUACCUCAUUCGCUUUGGGACCUAGAAGUUCUGACAUUAUGGAUGGAUGGUAGUAAGAUAGAAACCCAAGUGAUGAGGUAUAGGCUUCUCGUGGAAAAACUCGAGCAUUGCUUGGACCGGAAAAAAAGAUUGCGACUAGAUGGCCCAUUCAAGACUGCAAGGUUCUCUGUUUGUCUCCCAGGCUAUCCAAUAAAAUAUUUAUUCAGGGGCAAAGGACAAUUGCAGCACCAGGAUUUCAUGAGCAUCACCUUUCAGGAAGGUGCCCAUCUAAGAUUUUAACGAGCAUAUCGUCAUGAUGUUUCUUUGAUAUAUAUUGAUGUGGAAGUCCCACUUCAGGACACCGGGUUAAUGAGUUCAUCUCAACCAAUCUUGUACCUCAAAAAUCUGAUUUUAAUGCUUGUGUCCUGGUUGGAAAGAAAGUGAGUAUCCAAGUGGAUGCAUGACCUUCAGGGAGCACAAGAUGUGCUGCUCUCUUUAGAAUUAUGCAAUCAUUGUAUGUGUAUAACCUCGGAGAACAGAGAGUUCAGUCCCAGUCCGCCUUGUUUGGAAGGUUUUGAUCAAUUUGCACAACUUUUCCUUAGAUUUUCAAUGACCCUAUAUGAGCCUGGGCAUAGUCACCAGUUUGGUUGUGGGGUAAAGCAUCUGGAAUUGGUAACCAAAUCGUCACAUCCAAUCUUGGGUUCCACCGUCUUGUCAUGGCCUUGUUUGAGAGAAGAACUUCUAGACUACAUUGAAAGGUGGGACUCUUGGCAUGAGGAGGCCAUUCAAGUUCGGCAAUGAGGAGGCCAUUCAAGUUCAGCAUUCGGCGUCUAGAAGAAGCUUCAAGAACUGCAUGAGUCAACAACUGAGAAAUACACGCGGGGAUAUAUCACGAGCCAUGAGGAAACGAAGUCUAUCUUGGUUAUGUUUUUGCAUAAAUACUUAGAUGAGCGUUCGCUGAUGCCAACGGUUUAAGUCUGUCCUUGCUGCUGCAUUUUGUGCCCGUUUAUGAAGACAAAGCCGGAUUACCGUAACUACGUGUUGGAAGAGGCUUGCAAGGGAAUUCACCGAGGUCGCAAAUUGGUUGGGUGGGAUCAUCCAUAUAGAAAUACUUCUGGAGGUAAAUACCCUUAGUUCUUUGAAGAUAUGGGCAUACUCUUGCUCCCUAGGUACUGCCGUGAUCGGAAGAAAGGUCAUCAUCAUAAGUGAGCCCUUCUUUUCUUGU